GCUAGCAUUUUUUGUAACCCUACUGCUAUCAUUAGAAAUACAAUAUUUCUCCCAGCACAGCCACACCAAGAGAAUCCACUUGCCUUCACACACUGUCCUCUUCUGACAGUGUUGCACCAGAGGUGUGGAAACAGGCUAAGAUCCUGAGGUUCUUAUCCUCCCUCUCUCAGUUUCCGUCUCUCUCUCAUUCUCAUGCUCACCCUGUCCUCCCUCAUCGUGCUGUUUUCAGUCUGAUUCUCCCUCUUUCCCACUCUUCCCCCUCACUCUGUCUCUCUCUGCUGGUCAAGGAUGGCGUCUCAUAAGCAGAUCCUGUUGAAGGUGAUACUGCUGGGCAGCUCAGGGGUGGGGAAGACCUCUCUGAUGAACCAGUAUGUCAACAAGAUGUUCAGUAGCCAGUACAAGGCCACCAUCGGUGCUGACUUCCUCACCAAGGAAAUCAUAGUGGAUGACCACCUUGUGACCCUGCAGAUCUGGGACACAGCAGGACAGGAGCGAUUCUCGUCCCUGGUGGCGGGGUUUUACCGAGGAGCGGACAGCUGCAUUCUGGUGUUCGAUGUCACGCAGCCCGAGAGCUUCAAGAAACUGGACAGCUUGCGGGACGAGUUCCUGAUCGAGGCCAGUCCCCGAGACCCUGAGAACUUCCCCUUCAUCGUUCUGGGCAAUAAGAUUGACCUGGAGAACAGACAGGUGAAGGCAACGCGUGCGCAGGCCUGGUGUCAGAGUAAGAAAAACAUCCUGUACUUCGAGACCAGCGCCAAGGAGAAUAUCAACAUACACCAGGCCUUCCAGACUAUCGCUCGCAACGCACUCAAACAGGUGUGCUCCCCUGGGCAGGUUCAAUCCAAACCUCUACUGGUUAAUUCACACUCCUGGUUAGAUUCAGACACACACCUGUACAGGUAAAGUCACACAUCUGGGCAGGUGGAUGGGAUAUUGAGCAUGUUAUACUCAGUCUUUACAUUUUAGACAUAUACCAAUGUGAUGCAAAUGGAAGACCCCACAGAUUGACAACCCUCUUUAAGAAAUACUGCAGUCAGACCAACAGAUACGCAGGCUGAAAGACUAGCGAUCUAGUUGACAGAAAGGCAGUGA